AUGGGAAUUACUCUGGGUGUGUUUGUCAAUUUUCUGUUGGUGGUGGUGAUACUUAAUGUUUUUGCUAAGAAUAUUUUAAACUAUGUGGUUGAAGGAGCACAAAGUAUAUCAAAAGAAGAAGACAUAAAAUUAGGAACACAGCUCAAGAUUCUUAAUAAACCUCCUAUCAAAAUAAUUCUCUCGGCAUGGGGAGAUACCUAUGAUUGUAUCGAUGUCUACAAACAACCUGCACUUGAUCAUCCUUUACUCAAGAAUCAUAAAAUUCAGAUGAAGCCUAUUUCGGAGUUGGAACGAGAUAGAGUUGAAACAUCAAUUUUUAGAACUAGAGUUCAGAGUUGCCCGGAAGGAUCAGUACCUAUAAAAAGGACAGAAAAACAAGACUUUAUUAGAGCCACAUCAGUUUCAUCAACAAUAUAUGUAUCAAAUGAUCCAUCAGAAUAUGUAUGGUAUAUCAAAAUAAAGAUGAAAAUUUUUAUGGGGCAACGGCUAACAUGAGUGUGUGACAACUAAACGUGACCUCGGACCAGUAUAACUUAGCUGAGAUUUCUAUUAGAUCUGGUUGGAAUGACUAAUCCACUAGAAUACAUGCUGGAUGGAUGGUACGUGUAACAUAUUUCCUUGUAUUAAUCACAUAAGAACAAAAGUUAUAUGAGUUUUGAGUCCCGUCAAAAUUACUGUUGAACAAAUAUCAUUUGCAAAAUGAUUGGGUUCUUUUUCAUGGUGAAUUGGUUGACUCAUCACAUAUGUUGACCAUAAGAAAUAUCAUAUAAGAAUGGUAAAAUCAUUUUCAUUAAUUAAUGACAUCAUAAUAAC